CACCCUCAAAUUUCCCAAGCUUCUCUUAAACUGCUCGCUAUUCAAUACAGAUGGCGAAAACAAGAUCAAAGAAACAGGGUUCGGAUGCUUCAUUGGCCCGACCCGUGAAGAAAGCGAGACUGAGUAUAGAGUCUUCUGAAGACGGACAGAAGGUAGAGCAGAGUGUGGAGGAACCUUUACAACCGGAACACGGAGAGGAUGGACUGAAUGAAGACGUCUACGACGAAGACUCUAAGAACUCUGGCGAACCCACACACACGUCUGACAUGUACCUCGACACGGUAAACCGUGCAGCCCUCGAUUUCGACUUUGAGAAAGUAUGCUCUGUUUGCUUGUCAAACAUAAACAUCUACGGUUGUCUUGUUUGCGGGAAGUACUUCCAAGGAAGAGGCCGAAACUCCUACGCUUACGCCCAUUCGAUACACGACGAUCAUCAUGUCUUCAUAAACUUGGAUACCAAGAAGGUUUACGUUCUUCCGGACGGAUACAUAGUUUCCGAUCCUUCUCUAGAGGACAUAUCGUUUGUUUUGGCUCCAUCUUUUACUCCUCAGUCAAUUGCAUCGCUAUCAUCCCCGUCCCAUUUGACAAAGCUAUCCUACGACCUCUCAAAUAAACCAUACCUUCCUGGAUACGUUGGACUGAAUAACAUCAAACGGCAUGAUCACAUGAACGUCAUUAUCCUUGCUUUAACGCACAUACCACCAUUACGCGACUACCUGCUUCUUUCUGCCUUCGGCGGGAAGGAAAGCGAGCUCCUGAAACGAUUCGCUGGGUUAGCAAAGAAGCUGUGGAAUCCACGGCUUUUCAAAAAUCAAGUCAGUCCACACGAGUUCUUGCAGGAGGUUGGUCGUGCCAGUACGGGAAAAUUUAGGUUAGAGGAGCAAGGUGAUCCGACUGAAUUCCUGGGUUGGCUUCUUAAUCGACUUCACAAGGAUAUGGGAGGAUCAAAAAAGAAAAACUCUAGUAUUAUCUAUUCUACGUUCCAAGGAGAACUCCGCAUGGAAACGCAACAGGUCAUUGUGAAACCAGAAGGAGAAUCAAGUCACCGUCCUCAAUUUGAUAUUGACAGAGAAACGAAAACAACCACAUCACCUUUCCUCUUUUUGUCCGUCGAUCUCCCCCCUCCUCCGCUGUUCCAGGACUCCGUCGAGAAGAACAUCAUUCCUCAAGUUAGCUUGGCGUCUGUGCUAUCAAAGUAUGACGGUAGAACAACUCAGGAAUAUUUGGGCCAGUUACGGCGAUUCAAAUGCCAGCGCUUACCCCGUUAUCUCAUUCUCCACUUUAAGCGCUUUACGAAAAACAUUUUCGUCGAAGAGAAGAACCCGACCAUUGUGAACUUCCCACUGCGAGGAGUGGACUUUAGCGAAUACUUGGAUGCUCCGCCAAAUCAUCCCAGUACAGUAUACGAUCUGAUCGCCAACGUAAUUCACGAGUCCGUAGCUGGAACAACGCGCGACAAAGUGAACACAGCCUGGAAAGUACACUUGCGAGCCGGCUCAGGCGGUGGUGAUAACGAGAAGUGGUAUCAAAUACAAGAUUUGAUUGUGGAAGAAGUGAGAAAGGAGAUGAUAUUUUUAGGCGAAACCGUUAUUCAGAUUUGGGAAAGAAGAGACCAACCUACUCCUCUUGAUGAACAGAAAAUGGCCGUGGACGGGCGAUGAUCUUAACGACUGUUCGGUAGAAAUAAAGUAGUCUCUCCGAUUGACAAAUUUGCGUUAAGAUAGACUAUUUGGUGGAUGCAAUGUAUGAUUCGC